UUUCUUCGUCUCUUUUUAGAUCUUCAAAAUCAAAAUUCGUUACUCUGUACUGUUUUAUAGAUUCUUCCAUAGAUUUUUAAUAGAUUCACUUGUUGUGAUCAGAUUCUGUGAUUUUUGAAUGGUUGAAAUGAUGAUGAGACGAGCUUCGAAGUUUCCUGUGAAGCUAGAGAUCGCUGAAGAUUCUCUUGAAGAAGAAUAUUCUCCUCUUCACAAACGUGCUAAGCUAUGGAGCAAUGGAACAGGCGUGUCUAAGUUUAACUUACUUGAGGAGCCAAGUCCUUUGGGGUUGAGUUUAAGAAAAAGCCCAUCUUUGCAAGAAUUGAUUCAGAUGAGGCUUUCUCAAACUGGUGACGACACAAACUCGGAAACUGGUUGUGUUAAGAGAGAAAGUUUUGGUUUUGGUGUAGGAACCGUUGAGAAGCAUAAAGCUUCUAACUUUCAUGCUACAGUUCUCAGGAUUGGUCAAUGGGAGUAUAAGGCAAAGAAUGAUGGUGAUUUGAUGGCGAAAUGUUACUUUGCAAAACACAAACUUGUGUGGGAAGUGUUGGAACAAGGUCUUAAGAGCAAGAUUGAGAUUCAGUGGUCUGAUAUUAUGGCUCUUAAUGCUAAUUUGCCGGAAGAUGAACCUGGAACGUUGAGCAUCGUGCUGGCUAGACAGCCGUUGUUUUUUAGGGAGAUUAAUCCGCAGCCUAGAAAGCAUACUUUGUGGCAGGCGACUUCAGAUUUUACUGAUGGUCAAGCCAGUAUGAACAGGCAACAUUUUCUGCAAUGUGCCCCAGGGAUACUGGACAAACAUUUCGAGAAGCUUGUCCAAUGUGAUCAUCGCCUGUUCUGUCUUAGUCGACAGCCAGAGAUGAAUUUGGCCUCACCGUUCUUUGAUUCAAGACAAUCUAUAUUUGAGGAUCCCUCCAUGUUUGGAUCUGAUAAUAUGGCAUCUCCUGUUGGGGCGCAGUCAUCAUCAGAACUUGUGUCUCUUUCUCAUGAUGCACUAUCUCCUAGCUCAGUGAUGGAUGCACAUGCAAUCGAAGGAGUUGGUGCAUCCGUUGAUUCGGGAAACAAAAACAGUUGGAGUCAGAUAAAAGUGCCUGGCCUACCCCAAUCUAUCUCGAUGAACGAUUUCCUUGCACUAUUGUCUGAUCAAGGUGUUGAGAACAACCAAGAAUUUGAGGAAAUGAAACAGUUGCUGCUAAGUGACACCCUGCCUGACACAUCUGAUGAGAAGUCUGUCAUGUCAAAGGUGAAUUCUUUCUGCAACCUCUUGCAAUCUGCUGCAAACUCUCAGCUCAAUAUCGAAACUGCUGAUACCGGUAAAGAUAUUUGGAUCGAAGGAGGCAAAAGAGUUGUUGAUCCUGCUUCAAGCAGCAAGCCACUACAGGGCAUGUCAAGGAAAGACUCGUUCAGUGAUUUGUUGGUGCACCUUCCUCGGAUCACAUCUCUCCCAAAGUUCUUGUUCAACAUUUCAGAAGAAGACUAGUAGAUAGAAAAAACCGAAAAGUUCUUGUUCUAGGGAUCUUGAACAAGUAGCUGUAAAUCAAAUUAUCUUUCGCGGUGAGCAAAAGAAUUUGUGCUCUUGUUCUUAAGGAUUUGGAGGAACUUUUGUGUUUGAUGAUGAAUCCUUGUAAAGAAGACCUUUUAUGAUGGCGUUUUUUAAAAGCCAUUUUGUUUGAAAACUUUAAUACUGCUUUCAUCCUAAGCUCAUAGAGUUUGAAAUGAGAUUGAUGAAUCAUGGUUUAUGA